AUGGCCAAGCCCCAAGGGCAGAGGGUGCCCUCCCUGCUCAGAGCUCAUUUGCACUCACAUGUUCAGUGCUGGCUACCAUGUUUGAGCUCUGAGGGCCUUGAAGAGCUGGAGAGUGUGCAGAUGAGGGCAGCCAGCAAGGGCAGCACCUCAGGCUCCUGUCCUGGGGGUUUUAUGUACCUUGGAGAAGACUUGGGAAUCACCAGGAAAAUGGCCGCCAGUGUGCCUGACACAAUGACUUCUUUGGUUUCUGAGGAGCAUGACAAUAGAGCAGCAACACCAGACUCUCUGGCAGAAUCUUCAGGUACCAUCCCCUGCCCUUGGACAGUCUGCUCUCCUUGGGUCCCAAUGGAUCCUUCCCCCAACCUCAGCUUUGCCAUCGAGGCCUGCCUCCUCAUCCAAGGAUGGAAGGCCAGGGAGCAGAGGGCUUGCCAUCCCUACACUGUCACUGGAAGAAGGCAGAGGCCUCAGACUUCUGCACCCCAAGGGCGGGAGGCUUGGAGCCCAGAGUCCAUUAGAAUUCUACUGGAUGUGUGGGCCUCCCCUGAUAUCCAGGCUAUGAGGGAAACCAGGAAGAAGCUACGAGUGAUCUAUAAGGCUAUAGCCAAACGUUUGUACAAGGAGGGUGUGCAGAGAUGCUGGAGGCAGUGUCGAGAAAUGAUGCUGGCUCUGGAAGACUUAUACUGGUGUAUCCAGGAGGCCAACCAGAAAAGGCAGGGGGACCCCAUCCCCUGCCCAUUCCAUGAGGGCUUGGAAAGAGUCCUGCCCUUCACCCAACGGUGGCAUGGAGGUCCUGAGCCUGAAGUCCCUGAUGCUGAGCCCACAGGCUAUGAAGCCUCAGGGACAAAUGAGUACAACUCCCAUUAUCAACCCCAGGACAUCCCUUCAGAUAUUGGUUCUUCUGAGAAUUUGGAAGAUGAAGGGGCAGAUCUACCCCGGGGGAAUUCUUUCCCUGAUCCCCAUCUGAACAACAUGUACCAGGAAGAGCAAGCUCCGGCUCCGGCUCCGGCUCCGGCUCCGGCAGCUGCCGAGGGCAUCGCCGCUCACGACAGGCGGACCCUGCUGGCUGUGCUGCAGUUCCUGAGGCAGAGCAACCUGCUGGAGUCCGAGGAGAUCCUGCGGCGCGAGGCUGGGCUGCUAGAGAAGGAGGCAGGAGCCGGCGCCCCGGGGGAGGUGGACGGGCUGGGGGCCAAGGCCACCAGCACGCUCCUGAGCGUGGUCUCCGGCGCCUCCCCCGCAACUGCGGGCCCCGGAGCCCCGGAACCCGCCCCGGCCACAGUUGCAGGAGUUGCAGUAGAAGACCAACCUGAUGUCAGUGCAGUGUUGUCUGCCUACAACCAGCAAGGGGAUCCGGCAAUGUAUGAAGAGUACUACAGUGGCCUGAAACAUUUUAUUGAAUGUUCCCUGGACUGUCAUCGAGCAGAAUUAUCUCAGUUAUUUUAUCCUCUCUUUGUACAUAUGUACUUGGAAUUGGUCUACAAUCAGCAUGAAAAUGAAGCCAAAUCAUUCUUUGAGAAGUUUCACGGUGAUCAGGAAUGUUACUAUCAGGACGAUCUGCGAAUGUUAUCUAGCUUUACCAAAAAGGAGCACAUGAAAGGGAAUGAGACCUUGUUGGAUUUUCGAACAAGUAAAUUUGUUUUGCGCGUUUCCCGAGACUCUUAUCAACUCUUGAAAAGACACCUCCAGGAGAAACAGAACAACCAAAUAUGGAACAUAGUCCAGGAGCACCUGUACAUUGACAUCUUCGAUGGGAGGCCUCGGAGUAAGCAACAGAUAGACGCUGUGGUGGGAAGUUUGCCCGGAGAGGCACAGAGAGAGGCCAAUAAGGCCAAGGUGUUUUUUGGCUUGUUAAAUGAACCAGAAAUUGAAGUUCCUUUGGAUGAAGAUGAAGAAGGGGAGAAUGAGGAAGGAAAGCCCCCCAAAAAGAGACCUAAAAAGGAUAGCAUGGGAUCUAAGAGCAAAAAACAAGAUCCGAAUGCGCCACCUCAAAACAGAAUUCCUCUUCCUGAAUUGAAAGAUUCAGAUAAAUUGGAUAAGAUCAUGAACAUGAAAGAAACCACAAAACGGCUACGCCUUGGUCUGGACUGUUUACCUUCCAUCUGUUUCUAUACAUUCCUUAAUGCCUAUCAGGGUCUCACUGCAGUUGAUAUUGCUGACGAUUCCAGUCUGAUUGCAGGAGGUUUUGCUGACUCUACUGUCAGAGUGUGGUCUGUGACUCCCCAAAAGCUUCGCAGUCUGAAGACUGCGACAGACCUCAGCCUUGUAGACAAAGAAUCAGAUGAUGUUUUAGAAAGAAUCAUGGAUGAAAAAACAGCAAGUGAAUCGAAGAUUCUACAUGGGCACAGUGGGCCUGUUUAUGGGGCAAGCUUCAGUCCUGACAGAAACUACCUACUUUCCUCCUCAGAAGAUGGCACCGUCAGGCUAUGGAGUCUUCAGACAUUCACUUGUUUGGUAGGCUACAAAGGACACAACUAUCCAGUGUGGGACACACAGUUUUCUCCAUAUGGAUACUAUUUUGUAUCAGGAGGACAUGACAGGGUAGCCCGGCUGUGGGCUACCGAUCAUUAUCAGCCUUUACGAAUAUUUGUUGGCCACCUUGCUGAUGUGAACUGUACACGAUUUCAUCCAAACUCGAACUAUGUUGCUACGGGUUCAGCUGACAGAACAGUAAGGCUGUGGGAUGUCUCGAAUGGGAACUGUGUAAGGAUCUUCACGGGACAUAAGGGACCGAUUCAUUCUUUGGCAUUUUCUCCCAAUGGGAGAUUCCUGGCUACUGGAGCCACAGACGGCAGGGUACUUCUUUGGGAUAUUGGACAUGGCCUGAUGGUUGGAGAAUUAAAAGGCCAUACAAAUACAGUAUUUUCCCUUAAGUUUAGUAGAGAUGGAGAAAUCUUAGCAUCAGGGUCAAUGGAUAAUACAGUUCGUUUGUGGGAUGCUGUAAAAGCAUUUGAAGACCUAGAGACCCAUGACUUUACUACAGCCACUGGACAUAUAAACUUGCCUGAAAAUUCACAGGAUUUAUGGUUAGGAACCUAUACGACCAAGUCAACACCAGUUUUGCACCUCCAUUUUACUAGAAGAAACUUGGUUUUAGCUGCAGGAGCUUAUAGUCCACAAUAAACCAUCUGUAUUAAGACUUUUUGAAAGCCACUCUGAACAAAAUGACCCUAAAAAGUAAAAUACCUCAAAGAUGAACAUUUAAGCCACAAAGAGUGUCUUACCUGAAAGGAUCUGGAAGGAGGCUGCACAGAGAUCUAAACUGGACAACAGUUCAUUUAACUACUUUCUGUGAGUUGGCUACAAGGCAUGGAUGCUGUAGACAGAAAAUGGUGCUUUGGCGUACGGGGAAACUGCAUUUUCUGUUCAAUUUCCAUCUUAAUUUAUUUUCUCUUAAAAACUAUAGUUACCGACUUCAAUAAUUUUGACCCACUUGAAGGUUCAAAGCCCUUAGCGUCCAAUAGAACACUAAGUUUAGGUUGGAUGAAGCUCUACCUGGGUAUGUUCCUGAAAUGAAAAAAUGAAAUUGAGCUACUGCCUGGCAUUUAAGU